AUGGCAGGAUUCGGGGCAAUCGAUGGCUUAAUUGAACCUACAAAAGUACUUCCAUUUGAUUGGUCCAUUUGCGGUCGCCUAGGGUCAACCACAAACGAAAUCGCAGUCUUCGGUCAAAUGCAGGCAUUUAACGUCUUGAUAGACUGUGAUGUAGUCGAAGUAUAUCAAGGUGAUCCCUUUCGAGGUGAGGAACUGCAUGAAAGCGAUGAUACCUCCGAAAUGGAUGGAAUUGGCCUUGCGAUUUGUUUCUUCAUCUUGAUGUCUUCUGUCGCCAAUGCUGAACCGUUCAAUCUGACACCGGGAGAGCGUCAGUGGUUGAUAAAAUUUCAUCGCCAGCAUCGUUCCAAGGUUGAUCCACCAGCUGCGAAUAUGAUGUUCUUGAAAUAUUCCAUCGAAGUGGAGCAUGAGGCAGCCUCAAAGUUACUGUCAUGCGAUGCAAAGAACAUCAGUAAAAUGGAGAUGAAGGGAUACAACUGGAACCUGGCAUUGAGCACGAAGGGUAGGGCGAGUGUGGAAGAACUGGCGACGGCGUGGGGUCAUCAAAAAGCCCAUUUUAACGCAAGCAAAGAUGGAAGUUGCAUGAAUUGUGGAGAGUAUAAAAAGAUGGUUUGGGCAAAUAGUCGGAAUAUGGGGUGUGCAAAGGCAGGCUGCAAUAAUUCAAGUGCUCUCCUCUGCCUCUACUCUCCUGGUGGCAACUGGUCAACGGAACAGCCUUAUCUUAAAGGCAUUAGCUGUUCCGGCUGCAAAGGCAACGUGACCUGCACUCAAAAUCAAUGCGAUCCUGAAGGUACUUCAAAGUCCAAGCUCGGAACUAUCUUCUGGGGCAUAAUGGCCGCCAUCUUUUACACAUUCUUUGAGUGA